AUGCGAGAAAGACGCCUGUCGAAUGUCGAGAUCGACGAUCAAGACAACAAUAACGAUUCAUCCGACGACCCUGCGCCGAUAAUAUCAUCCUCUACGACAACCACAGCUGCUACUACAGUAUUAGACCCCGACAACGGCGACACAACAAAGGCGGCUGCUGCAGCGCCGGCGGCAGACUCGAAAACCCCUUCGGGCGAGAAAGCGAUGAUUGGGACCGGCUCCUGGACCAAGGAUGACGAAGACCUGUUGUUGGCUGGGGGGAAGUCGGGACGGAGCAGAAUCGGUCGCCGGCCGAGGUUACGAUCCGUAUGGCAUUGUGGGUUCUUGAUACUAUCGGUUACAGUAUGUUCGCUGUUAGGUCUGGCCUCGAUAUUCCAUUCGUCGACAAAUCUACAGAUGGACCAGAAGGGCUGUCGGAUGUCUUACAUGCGACCGUCCUAUGCGAGACUCGAGGAUUUCGACACGGAACAUUCGCGUUUUGCCAGCAAGUAUAGCAUUUAUCUUUAUCGGGAAGAAAAUGUCGACGACACUAGCAAGUCAGCCCUGAUGAAGCCUAAGGGGGUACCCGUGUUAUUUAUUCCGGGAAACGCCGGAAGCUACAAACAAGUCCGACCGAUUGCUGCCGAAGCUGCCAACAUCUUCCAGGAUAGACUAAAGGCGAAUGCAUCGAUACUACAAUCCGGGGCUAGGUCGCUAGAUUUCUUUACCGUGGACUUUAACGAAGAUAUUACCGCGUUCCACGGCCAGACCCUGCUCGACCAAGCCGAAUUCUUGAACGAAGCCGUUGCUUACAUUCUCAGCUUAUACCACGAUGCGCGGAAAACGACAAAGGAAUCGGACCUUCCGGACCCUGCAUCCGUUAUAUUGAUAGGACAUUCGAUGGGUGGUAUUGUUGCCCGGACAAUGCUCACCAUGCCCAAUUACCAAUCCAACUCGAUUAACACAAUUAUUACCAUGUCAGCACCACACGCCAGACCCCCCAUCUCAUUCGACGCCGAGCUAGUUAGGACUUACGACCGAGUUAAUGCUUACUGGAGGAAUUCCUAUUCUGCCCAGUGGGCUAGUCACAACCCGUUAUGGCAUGUGACGUUGGUUUCGAUAGCUGGAGGAGGGCUAGACACGGUUGUUCCGUCGGACUAUGCGUCUGUCGCGUCGCUGAUACCGGAGACUCACGGGUUUACGGCAUUUACAUCGACAGUUCCGGGAGUAUGGACUUCAAUGGAUCAUCAGGCUAUUUUGUGGUGCGAUCAAUUCAGAAAGGUCGUUGCGAAGACCUUGUUGGAUAUCGUGAACGUUAGAAGGCCGGGCCAGACGAAACCUAGAGCUGAACGGAUGCGGAUCCUGAAGAAGAGCUUCUUGACUGGGAUGGAAAGUAUCGCGGAGAGGACGAUACAAGAUGAGGCUCUUAAUACGCUCCUUACGCUUGAACCGAAUACCCAGUCUAUUAUGCCGUUGGGGGAAACGCUGGUAUUGAGAAAGUUGGGAGGAAACCAAAAACCGAAGGCCUACCUAUUGCCAACACCGCCUAGUAGGGGAGAAAAGGGGAUCAUGGCUUUCACUCUUCUUACCGACAGAAAUUUGGCUGGGGAAUCACCAGAUAUCGAGGUUUUAAUGUGCAGCAGUUUCCCGCUACAAGCCGGACAGGCCCAGAACGUGUUCGCUAUGAAUAUGGUUCUUGCAGAGGACGUAGUAGACGGCACAAGGUUGGCCUGCAAAUCGGCCAUCGGAGACGUAAUGUCGCUACCUGCAUCGACUCGCAAUACGCGAUACCCCUUUGAGGAGGUAACGCCGUUUUCGUAUAUUCAGUACGAUCUUGAAGAUAUGGGGGAACACCAAUUCAUCGCUGUGGUUGAUAAAGCUCCAAUGUUCUCGACCGGAUGGUUGGUCGCACAGUUUAGCGAGAAAGCUCAACGGGAAACGACUAUUGACAUUAGCCUACCGACGCUCCUAAGCCAAGGUGUCCACACGGUGCUUCCAGCGGAAAGGCCAUUGGUGACCGAAUUGUAUAUUCCGGUUAUUCAGAGCAGCUUGUUGGCUUAUAAGCUUUCCGUCGGCGUACAAGCGUGCGGUGAUGGUGAGCAGCUCUUCACGCCACUGGUUCGGCAAUACCUAAGCGACCCGUACGAAUCGAAGUAUUUCGUCAACGUUCACCAAGCGGAGAUUAGUUUGCAUGGAAUGGCGCCGUUCAUGCCGGAGCCGCUCAAGUCCGCCGAGCGAAGUGGGCUUACGCUGCAAAUGUGGUCCGAUUCGACAUGCAACUCGCCUAUUGAGGUCUCGGUAACUGUUGACUAUGUCGGCAGCAUCGGAAAGCUAGCGAUUCGGUACCGAACUGUAUUUGCGGCGUUUCCGCUUUUGAUCGUAGCGCUUGUCCUUCGACGCCAAUUCCAGGAAUAUGAUGCCACUGGGAUCUUCAUCACCUUCAAUGAGGGUCUCGAGUUGGUACUUAGACAGUCUUUGCCGGCGACUUUGGUGGUAGUAUCGGUUCUUACCCUUUCCCUUGCCGUCGCGCAAUCGCGACAGCACGCUGGAGCUUUGAGCGACGUCGUUGAUCGAACAAAGGAGGCCGUAGCGGAAUCCUCUCCGUUACUUAGGUUCCUUAAGAAUGAUGCACUCAUUGGGCUUCAGGAUCCCUUCUUUUGGUUUCUAACGCCAGUAUUCGUUGCAAUUUCUGUUGGAGUCUGUGCCGUGCUCAAUUAUCUCGUUUUGAUCAUUGUGCAUUCGCUCACUGCCAUAUACGCUUGGUUUUCAACCCGGCCAGCGUGGCUGAGCAAUGAGAAAAGCAAAAGAGGACCUCCUUCUGCAUUCACUUCGGGUCAUCCUCGGCGGAGACUCCUAGUCACGUGUGCGCUACUGUUUUUUGUAGCGACUGUUAUUCCAUACCAAUUCGCAUACGUUGUGGUUUGCAUUGUGCAACUAGUGGUUUGCAUUAGAGCGUUGAAAUUUGCGAGAGAAAGUGGCUACGGGACUCGUUCCAACAUACAUUGGGACUUCGCCAACUAUAGUCACUCUCUGUUAGUUUUGAUGAUUUGGAUUCUACCGAUCAACCUGCCAGUGCUGGUCGUUUGGAUACAUAAUCUCGCUGUUCAUUGGUUGACACCUUUCUCAUCCCAUCAUAACGUCCUCUCCGUUAUGCCAUUCAUACUCCUAGUGGAAACUCUCACUUGCGGCAACAUGGUUCCGCGAUGCGAGAAUCCGCUUCGACAUAUCACAAGUUUAUUGUUUUUGGGCGCUGCUGCCUAUGCAACAAUAUACGGAGUAAUUUCGACGCCAUUUACCAUAUCUGGACUUGUGGAAAUGCUCAACAGCCCGGAUGAACCAAAGAAGCUACCCUGA